UUCGUGUGCGCAAUGUCGAUACUGGCCGGUGAGCCGGUGAGUCACCGUCGUGUGGUGAUCCAGUCGCUCUGUCAUAGCGCGCUCGUGCAUACGUGCGCUUUUCACUUGUUUCACACACAUUUCCCGGCUACUGUAAACACCUGAACCAAGAUGUCUCACUCGCUGACCAUCACCCGGACCACCGUGGCCACGUCUGGUACUCCUGUGUACAUAAACAGCAGUUACCUAGGCACCACACCUGGUCUUCUGAAACUGGCCCAGUUGUUACUGGGUGCGGCUUGCGUGGGCGUGGUGGGAUACUACAUGGAUCAUGGGUACUAUAGAGGCUACUCCGGCAUCAGUGGGAAGGCAGAACUAUUCUACCUGAUCGUCGCAGUCGCCUGUCUAAUGGGCACGUUCUGUCUGAUAACAGCCUGUAUCGUCUCCCUGUCUACAGCUUCUAUUAUAUCGAAAACUAUUUAUGAGGUGAUAUAUCACGGCGUGGCGUUUAUAUUGUACUUGAGCGCUGGUAUCACACUUAUGAUAGAAGUCAAUCAUCUGAAAGAUCAAUAUAGAAGAGAUUAUGAACCUUAUUUAGCCGCAGCGAUUAUGGGUCUCGUGAUGGCGGCCCUUUACUUGCUCAGUACGUUUUUGGCAAAUCGCCAAUACAGAGGCAUUUAAAUUAUGUUAAAACUUCAAAAGAAUAACUGUA